GGGUGAGAACAAUUUUUUUAAACUUUUUAAAUAACAGUGGGAUGGUAGAUCCACCCCUAUUCUGCCACUCACCACAAACAGAUAAGAUACCACCCUCGAGAGAGGAGCUCUUGCUCACUGGGCUGCAGACACAGAGGGCAGAUUCUGAGAAGAAUUAACAACACUGAAAUCUCCAGAACAAAGGCUCUAAUUAAGGUGUCUCUCUGACCUGGUCCUCCUGCUUUGAUGGAUUAUACGCUGGAGCCCAAUGUGACGACGGUAACCGACUACUACUAUCCUGAUACCAUGUCAAGCCCCUGUGAUGGGGAACUUAUCCAAAGAGACAGCAAGUUGCUUCUUGCUGUCUUUUACUGUGUCUUGUUUGUAUUUGGUCUUCUGGGAAACAUCCUGGUCAUCCUUGUCCUUGUAGCCUGCAAGAAGCUGAGGAGCAUCACCGACGUAUACCUCUUGAACCUGGUCCUUUCUGACUUGCUUUUUGUCUUCUCCUUCCCCUUCCAGACCCACUAUCAGCUGGACCAGUGGGUGUUUGGAACUGUAAUGUGCAAGGUGGUCUCUGGUUUUUAUUACAUUGGCUUCUUCAGCAGCAUGUUUUUUAUAACCCUCAUGAGUGUGGACAGGUACCUGGCAAUUGUCCAUGCGGUCUAUGCCAUGAAAGUGAGGACAGCCAGGAUGGGCACAGCCCUGAGUCUGGCUGUGUGGCUGAUUGCUAUUAUGGCCACCAGCCCAUUACUAGUGGUGUAUCAAGUGGCCUCUGAAGAUGGCAUUCUACAGUGUUAUUCAUCUUACAAUCAACAGACUCUGAAGUGGAAGAUCUUCAUCCACUUUGAAAUGAAUAUCUUAGGUCUGUUGAUCCCAUUCACCAUCCUUAUGUUCUGCUACAUUAGCAUUCUGCACCAGCUGAAGAGCUGCCAAAAUCACAACAAGACCAAGGCCAUCAAAUUGGUGCUCAUUGUGGUGAUCGCAUCUUUACUCUUCUGGGUCCCUUUCAAUGUGGUCCUCUUCCUCACUUCUCUGCUCAACAUGAACAUCUUGGAUGGAUGUGUCCUGAGCCAGCGACUGAUUUAUGCCACUCAUGUCACAGAAACCAUUUCCUUCACUCACUGCUGUGUGAACCCUGUGAUCUAUGCUUUCAUGGGUGAGAAAUUCAAGAAAAACCUCUCAGAAAUAUUCCAGAAGAUUUCCAAUUAUGGCCUCCUCUUUGUAGGAAGACUACCUAGGGAGGGCUGGGAAAGACCUCCCUCCUCCUGUCAGCACCCCUCCCGCUCCUCCAGCACAGACUACAUUUUGUGACGGGGGCGGGGGGGGGUUUCUUUUAGGAGACAAAAAUGAUUUACACUGGAGUCUGAGGCUACUUGAAGGAAUACUCUUAGAAAUGUUGUUACAGA